UAAAAGCCAAUGUAUUAGGAACUUCAGAGAAUAUGUUUGUUCAUAAUAAUUCUAAACACAGCAGGAAAAGAGCAAUGUUUCACAAAAGUGAUUCUAUAAUUAAUAAGAGGUCACGUUUGCAAGAAGAAUUUCUUCCCAAAGUUCAUGUAAUUUAUCCCGAAAAAGGCUUUUUUUCACAGAGGAUUUUCGUCAGUGGGGAAAAUUUUAAUCCAUGUGUUCAAAUUUGUUUGAAUAACACGCCUUUGAGAACGAAGUUUUUGGGCCCCACUGCACUGUCAGCCAAUAUUCCGCCAUUCUCGCAUGACUGUGAUUUUUAUGUAAGUGUACGUGAGAAGAACAAGAUAUAUUGUGACAAAGUCUUAUUCAAAUACGUUUACAAAUCAAAUAUCGUCCCCAUUGUUACGGACGUAUGUCAAAAGAGUCCUGGACAAGUCAGUAUCUACGGUCAUAAUCUGGACUCUGAUGGUCUGGAGGUAUUUAUGGGAAUGACACCUCUUCGGAUGCAAAUGUCACGGGGCUUAAUAAAGGCUGAAAUACAGGAAUACUCAGGAAACCCUGUACAUGCGUAUAUGCCAGUUACAGUACGCUGGGAAAAUAUGAUGAUAAUUCAUUCAAAUGAAAGUAGUAUGACAUUUACUGAUCGAGAAUUCAUUUGUAGUUCUCACAGUCUUGGCAAUCAAAAGACAGAGGAUUUCACAGUAUCUUUACAACCUCAGCGCCAGGCUAUUUCAGAUCAAAGUGUUUCCGAAGAAUCAAAUGUGUCUUCUGUAGACGUAUCCGGUGUUUCUCCAGUUUCAUUAAACGGACCAGAUCAAGUUCUUGACGCAAAUUCUUCUUGCAUGGUUUUACCAAGGAUGUCAAAUGCACAGUCUAGCUAUCCUGCCCCGUAUGCUAAUAGCAGUUUGAUUUGCAAUACUUCUGGUUCCCCAUACAAGAAUCAAAUGUUCCUUUCCAACGGUUCUUCGGACUACACAUUUAUUCAUACUCCAAUGCCAAUUCUGCAACGUAACAGAAAUUUAAUUGCAUAAUAAGCUCCUUCUACAUGGCUUCUACAAGAAAAUUUAUUUGCUGGUCAAGGUCAAGCAAUAUUAAGAUAUUUUAUUUCCUCGGAUUGCUUAGAAGACAGACUUGUCGAAGAGGUUACUGUUUUCUCUCUACUUAUUCAGCUCCUGACAAAGAUACAGUGUUUUCAUCAUUUUGAAGUUUUUUAAUAAGUUUUGUAAAGUUCUCCUUUUUAUAGAAUUUCUUUACAUUAUUUUGAUUCCAUCGUAAUUCAAGGGCAUAAUAUUUGUACUUAAAUAUCCUCUUCGAUAAGACUCUCCAUUUUUCAUUAAGCUUGAAUAAUACAGUCAAUAUUUUUCCUCUUUAAUCAAGUUCUCCCAGUGUUACGCAGAUAAGGAAAGUUCAUAUUAUGACACGGUGAAGAAAUUGAAAAAUGAUAACGGUCUAUAAAUUAAUGAAUUUGGUGCAGUUUUCACCAUUCAUACACAAUAAGCAAUUUUCUUUCGAGUAAUAACAAUAGAAAUAGAUAGAACGUUCAUUUUGAGUUCAACAAUGAAAAUUAAUUCAAAAAAUAUCAAACAAUAAUUAAUCCAUUCGUUAGUCUAAAAUAAUUUAUCUAAAAAUCUCUUAUAGAGUUUUAUAUUUUCUGUCUGAUAGUUAUUCUUUAUGCAAUCUUUCUUCUGGCUUCAGUAAAUUUGGGUUUUAAUUUCCUCUUAACUCCAAAAACGUGUUAAGUUAAUUGUCAUAUCAAAAAACAGAAAUACACAUUUAAGGUUUUUUAUUUUUAUUAUUAUUAUUAUUAUUAUUAUUAUUAUUAUUAUUAUUGAAAAGUUCUGUUCCCUUUCGCUCAAAAAGGUGAUAAACUAGUGUUGCUCCUCCAGUUUCAACUCCUAAUGUAUAUAGUAUAAAAUAAUUUCUUCUCUAUUUGUUUAAUUUAUUGCUUUACACUUCUUGCUAUAGCUACAAUGUGAGUUCUCCUCGUACUCUUAUACUGUCGGUGUAACUGCCAGUGGAACUCUAUAGAGUUCCACUGGCAGUUACAACUCCUGCCAACUACACUGAAAUUUGGACUAAUAAAUCAUUAAUAAUGUGACAUUUAAUUUGGUUUCUCGACUCUCUGA